AUGGCCAACCUUUGGAAAUCACUCAAUGGACCGAAUUCUUUUCCUUUUCUCCUUUCAGGGACCGGUUCCAGCAUCUUGUCGGCCCUUCAGGAUCUCUCUUGGCUGUCCAAGUCAAAAGUGGAGAAGCAACUGCAGAUCAUUUCGGUGCUGCAAUGGGUGGUCUCAUUCCUUAUGAUGGGUAUUAUAUGCACCAUUAUCCUACUAUAUAUACUCUGCACAGACUGUUGGAUUAUAGCAGUUCUAUACUUAGUGUGGUACGCCUUCGACUGGAACACUCCGAGCAAGGCUGGAAGAAGAUCUCAGUGGAUUAGAAACUGGGCCAUUUGGAGAUACUUCCGAGAUUACUUUCCAAUCCGAAUGAUCAAAACCCACAACCUCGCCCCCAACCGAAAUUACAUUUUUGGCUACCACCCACAUGGCAUCAUGUCCCUGGGUGCCUUCUGCAAUUUUAGCACCGAGGCCACAGGUGUGAGCCAGAUCUUCCCCGGGAUACGUCCGUACGUCACCACACUUACAGGAAACUUCAGGUGGCCUAUUCUGAGGGACUACUUGAUGACCGGGGGUCUCUGCCCUGUGAACCGCAACACCAUAGACUACCUCCUGUCUCAAAAUGGCACUGGCAACGCGGUUGUCAUCGUGGUGGGAGGCGCUGCGGAGUCCUUGAAUUGUGCCCCGGGGAAAAACUGUGUGACUCUGAAGCACCGGAAGGGGUUUGUGAAGCUGGCGUUAAGACAUGGGGCCGAUCUGGUCCCCAUUUACUCCUUUGGGGAGAACGAAGUCUUCAAACAGGUCAUAUUUGAAGAGGGCUCCUGGUGCAGGUGGCUACAGAAGAAAUUGCAGAAGUAUAUUGGCGUAGCUCCGUGUGUCUUCCACGGACGGGGGGUCUUCUCCUCCAACAGCUGGGGGCUGGUGCCUUACGCCAGGCCCGUGACUACUGUCGUCGGCGAGCCCAUCACAAUCCCCAAAACCGACAACCCGAGCCAGAAGGAAGUAGACUUUUAUCACAGCCUGUAUGUACAGUCUCUGGCGAAACUCUUUGAGAAGUACAAGACGAAAUUCGGCCUGUCGGAGGCGGAGACGUUGGAGAUCAACUGACGCGGCACCCGCGCGACGGCGCUUGCGGUCUUGAAAUUUGCUGGUGGGCUUGGAAAAACUGGCGCCAAAAGAGGCUCUUUGUGCCAGUCCUAUUGUUUUUGUCUUCUGCUCUGUGGAAUUGGGGGAUCGAGCAAGGAUCUGUAGAGAAGAUAAAGGAAUAUUGUCUAAAUAUUCAAAGAUUAGAUCUCUCUAAGAGCCAGUGUAUGGUUGGGGACAGCGCUGUCUUGCCCCAUUAAAUCCCCUCAUCCCACCUCAGUCUCCAAAGUCGGCCAUUUGCUUUUUCCCUCUGCUGCUAAUUCAGGGAUGCCCAGAUUUUUUUCCCUGUUUGAGAACAGUGGGAAGGAAGCCAGCCAUCUGGCUAGAGGCCACCAUCAUCUCUGCAAGAGAGGUCUUUCCUUGAAUGGAGGCCUUAUCGGCUCCAUCGCUGACUUGUGACGUGCCGCAGCUUCUUCUGAGAGGGAAAACGCAAGGAAAUGGGGAAGAAAGAGGCCCACUGGAGCAAUGGCCCUCCCGAUAUUUGUUUUCCAGAGAGUCUCUUAUUGUAUGGUUUUCCUGCCAUUUUGAAGCAGGAAAUACGUUUAAUACUCUACGUUAAGUAUCCAGGUAGCUUGAGUGUUUAGCCAUUUU